UGUCGCAUGAUUACGUAUGCGCGAUAGCAAAAUCUCGCGUGAACUGACGCCAUUGUUGUUUACAGAGAGGGAGGAGGCUUGUGCAGAAGGUGGCUUGUUUUUAGUAAUUUUUUUGUAACGUUAAUUGUAUUGUUCCUCAAAAUGGUGCUUACGUGUGCUUAUCCUGGAUGCCGCAACCUAUUUAAAAGCGUAAGACUACGCGCGUCAACUCAAACUGGAAAAUUGACUUUUCACCGAUUCCCAACGUUUGAGCCAGAUCGACUGCAUUUAUGGUUGCUUGCUCUUCAGAUGGAUAUUAACACACCCAUGAGGUUACUCAAAGUAUGGAGGGUCUGCAGUGAACAUUUUUCCUCUGAUGAUUUCAAAGCCAUCAGCGGGAAUCAAGUCUUACUCAAAUCAUCAGCGGUGCCCAUGUUUGUUUCACAACGAGCUGAGGAGACUGUGACUGAACCAGACGCCCUGUCAGCAGACAACAGUUGGGAUAUAGAGGAAGAUGAUGAGGUGUAUUAUGCAGAUGAUUUUGAGUCAACUUCAGGAAAGCAAAAGAACCCCAGAACCUGCCCUGAACAACAUGAACAACUCAUUUUGAAUGUUACAAAUCCAACUACAGAACCAUCUACAUAUCAAUCUACUUUUGGGUCCUACGAUGCUCUUCCACCCACACGGCACUACCAAAUGAAUGAUCCUGCUGAGGCUGUGCUACAAAUGGAAGAAUGUUAUGAUGUAAACGCCAACAUGGAUUCUGUUGCUUAUUCAGAAGGUGAAAACUCUGGGCUGGGCUCUAUGUCGGCAGCAGGUGUCUUUAUGGCCAGUGAGGAUUCCGAAGGAUAUCAGGACGUGUACCAGGGGGAGGACAUGGCCCAGUGUUCAGAAGAGCUUGUGAUCACUAAAGUUGAGGACACUAAUGAAAUGGCACUGGACCAGAAUGAGGAUUACAUUGGGAUGACGGAAGUAGAUGGACCAGAAGAUUCAGAAACACAGAGAGCCAAAGACAUAAAAAGCAGGACUAUGGAAUCGUCUGCUGUAAUGGCUGUUGACAAAAGAGUUAAAGCAACACAGCCCUCUGUCAUAAUGCCUUUAAAGAUCAAGGAUGAACCUAUGGACGAGGAGUGCAAGAAAGCACAACAUUCCCAGACGGGAAACAUUAAGGAUGAUGAGGAUUUUGACCAAACACCAGAUGAUGUCAGGAUAAAAGAAAAGGCAGCAUCAAACCCAGCAAAAUCCAUUCCACCUUUAAAACGACAUGGUGUGUUGUGCACAGCCUGUAAUAAAGUCAUGCUGAAGGGACAUACAGCAUUUCAGCGUAGUGGCUCUUCUAAACUCUACUGCUCACCUCAAUGUCUCUGCGGCUCCAAGAAGAAAACAUGUCACUGCUGCCUGAAAGAGAUUUGUGAUGAGAAUAUCAACAUUGCCCUGGUAGACAUGUCAGGAACUGUAAAGGAGUUCUGCAGUCAGAAAUGCCGCGGUGCUUUAAACUUCAAAUGCAGUGUGUGUCAGAAGACAGGACUGACUCAUAGUCAUGAGGUGAAUUACAUGGGCUCUAUCCAUAAGCUGUGCAGUGACAGCUGCUUCAGCCAGUUCCGCUUCUCGCAUAAGCUGAACAUGAACAGCUGUGUGAACUGUGGAGGAUAUUGUUAUGGCACAGAUGGUCAGUGUCCAUCUCUGCGGAUGGAGGACAGAGUUAUGAAGUUCUGCAGUCAAAACUGCCUCACAGCCUACAAAAAGAGGAGUCUGAAACUUGUCACCUGCAAAAUGUGUCAUGCCCUGCGCCCAGCUGCAGAUGCAGUGGACAGUCCAAACUCAGAGGGCGUCAGGGAGCUUUUCUGCUCCACUUCCUGUGUCAUGGCAAGUAAAGUCCAGACUGGCAGUUCGUCAGAUGUUGCAGUGGAAUGCAACAACUGCAAGCUGAAACUAGUGCCUCAAUACCACAUAUCCAUGUUUGAUGGAUCUGUUCAGAACUUCUGCUCUUAUUCCUGUGUACUAGCAUAUCAGGAGUCCUUCAGUAAGACGAAACCUAACAUGCCAGUAAAAACUGUAACCUCUACAAGCAACAACACAUCUACCCCCAAACCUGCUUCCUCAGACUCCAGCUCAUCAGUGAAGACUAGCACUUCCAGUGGUCCGGUGCAGACAUUCACCAAGAUCCCCUGCUCUCAGUGUCUGAACUCGUUCUUUCACAGACCACAGCUGCUGGAGUUUAGGAGGAAAAUGUACGCUCUCUGUGGUAACACUUGUAUUGAAGAGUUCAAAAGGAUCUACCGCAUGGAGGCUCGCUGUGAAUACUGCAAGCUUGAUAAAAUUGUAAAAAUAGUGAGAAGGAUAAACAAGGUUGACCGUUCUUUCUGCAGCGAGAGAUGCAAGACACUCUUUGAGAAUAGCCUCUUCAAACGCUGGGGAAAGAAACACUGUUGCAACUGCUUCUACUGUAACAGCACUUCUAAGACUGUAGUGACUGAUGUCUUUGAUGGCAAGCAAGAGGAGUUCUGUGGGAAGGAUUGCUUGUUAAAACAUAAUUUAUUGAUCCGUCAGGUAAUAAAGUGCUCAAUGUGCAGGCAGAUGAAGAAGAUGACUGAGACUGUGGAAUGGCUGGGUGAGAUGAAGCAUUUCUGCAGCGUGCGGUGCCUGAUGUUCUUCUGCAGUCUGCAGGGCAUCACUGGAGCCGUUAUCAAAGCUACAAGUAAAUCCACACACGGUGUGACCCCAGUAUCCUCUGCAGUUCCUCAAAGCACUAAAGAGGGCACAUCCAACGAACAGCCAGGUGUUUUGGGAAGCACAAAUCCAAAAGGCUCCGUUUCUGAAAAAGUCACAAGAAAUAAACGUGCUGUGAAAGCUCCUGUCUCACCAUCCAAAACCCGGAAUGACAAGGACUUGCCAUAUAAAUCCAUAAGCAAAAACAAAGCCACGUCCUGUAAACCCCAAAUCUGUGAUGCUGAGACACAAAUAGAUGGAACUCCUAAAGUUAUAGUGCUACCAGUGCCAGUGCCAGUGUAUGUGCCAGUUCCCAUGCAUCUCUACACUCAAUACAUUCCACAGUCUGUGGGGCUUCCACUUCCGGUUCCGGUGCCCUUGUUCUUCCCUACAACUCUGGACAAUGCAGAGCACAUUGUGAAGACCAUUCAGGACAUCAAAGAGAAGAUCCCUGAUGACCCUCUGGAGGCCGACCUCAUCAUGAUGGCAGAGAUGGUGGCUGAGGAUGCAGAGGAGGAGAAACAAAUCAUCUCUAGUGAUCAGACUGGUAGCAUAAUGGAGGGCCUUGAUUUGGAAGAUCUGUCUAGCAAUCUGAGUUGGGAGGAGGACUCUGUGUCGUCUGCCCAGACAUGGGAUCAAACUCCAGAGCCUGAGAGGCAGCCUCCGUCCCGAUCUGCCACACUGACCCCUGUCUCCACCGCAGCAGAAGAGCCACAGAUGGACUUGGAGGCUGAUUUCCCAAUCGAAAGCAUUGAACUUUUCAAAAAGCAAAUGCAAAAGGAGAUCAAUUCUGGCAAACAGAGAUCACGCAAGAGAGGACACGUUGGCUUCUCUGAGAAGAAACAAGGCAGUAAGUGUGCAUCAGAGCCUCUAAACAGCCUCUCCAAACUGCAACAUGAAUACGGAGUCAAAGCCUGGAAGAAGUGGGUACGCUGGAGCAACGCUCAACCCAACAUGGAGACUCUCAAAUUUGGCUCGCGCAGUAUGACACUAAAGGAGGACUUGUUGAAGUGUUGCACAGCUGAACUAAGCUACGGCCUCUGCAAGUUCAUUUCUGAAGUCCGUCGACCCAACGGAGAGAAAUACAGCCCUGACAGCAUCUUUUAUCUCUGCUUGGGAAUCCAGAAGUACCUGUUUGAGAACAAUCGGAUGGAGAACAUCUUCGCAGACGUCUUCUACACCAAAUUCUGCCAGGAACUGAGCAACCUACUCAGAGGGUGGAAACCAACUAUUUUGCCCAGUGGUUACGUUCAUUCUCGUGUGGAGGAGUAUCAUCUAUGGGACUGUAAGCAGCUGGGGGCGUUUUCACCUGGUGUGCUGCUCAACACGCUGCUCUAUUUCACCAAGUACUUCAACUACAAGACAGCGGAGCAGCACCGCCGCCUCUCUUUUGGCCACAUCAAACGCUACUCUCGAGGACAGGCCAACAACAAAGUGUCCUUCCUGCGUUUCUAUCCCACAAAAGAGGAUGCAAGCACAGACGGUGUCCCUCUAAAGAAGAAGGAAGAUGAACGGCAAAGGGUGCUAAAAAUACGGCAGAAUUCAGACAAUCCCUUCCACUGUCCUGUCAGACUGUACGAGUUCUAUCUCUCAAAAUGUUCACCUGGCAUAAGACACGACACAACCCAGCUUUACCUGAGCCCCGAGCGCUCCUGUGUACCCAGCAGUCCCACAUGGUUCUCAACCACUUCGCUGAGUGAUGAGGCUCUGGAGAGCAUGCUUACACGAAUCCUUACUGUCAGAGAGCUGCACCUGGAGAGAGACCAAUCACCCAAUGAGAGCGAUUCAGACAGUGACUCGGACUUCACACCGUAUUAGUACCGCAAUAAUGAGAAAACCUGAAUGCAUCCUCUGGGAUUUUGACUGUUGUUCUGAAUGCUGGAAAGCAAGUGGUUUGUCAAUAUUUUUUUUCCUUUUCAUUUUCAAUCUUCUUUUAGUUACAAGGAGAUACAACAUUACAGUGGGAUUAUUGUAAGUCGCCACCUUUGUAUUAUAUUUAAACACUAAUGACAUUGACAGCAUCAUUCCAAAAAAAGGUUUUGAAAUUGUUGUUUUUCAUUGCAAGCCAUGUUGGUCCAAAUAGAUGGAAUGUUCCUGAAAUUGACUCUUGAUUUAUUUUUUUAUAGAUAAAAAAGAUUCUGCAAGU